CCCAGCGUUGUCGGCUUGUGAAAACUACGACUUCCAGAGCUCCCUGCGCGGAGCUCCCGGUGGCUCAGGUCAGGUGACAACUGGCCCCGCCCUCACACAUAGUCAGCGGAGCCCGAAAGGUCCUCUACAUUCCUAAGUGGCGUCUGGCGGGAGAGUGCAGCUUUCGGUGAAGUCGGCCCUCCAAGCCCGAGAGGCUGUCAGUUCUGAGAAGUCAAAGAACAUGAUGAGGAACUGGCUGCUUAUUUUGACCCUUUUCCUCUUGAAGUUCAUAGAGAAAUGUGAGUCAACUGUUAGUCUCACCGUUCCUUCCACGGUGAAGCUGGAAAAUGGCAGCUCAGCCAAUGUCAGCAUCACCCUGGGGCAUCCAUUAAAUGCAACCUUGGUGAUCACUUUUGAAAUCACAUUUCGUUCAAAAAAUCUUACUAUUCUGGAACUUCCUGAUGAAGUUAUAGUGCCUCGUGGAGAGAAAAAUGCCUCUUUCGAAGUGACUUCUCAAAAUGUUGGACAAGUGACUGUUUAUCUGCACAGAAAUAAUUCCAACCAGACCUGCCCCAGGAUUCGGUUCCUGGUGAUACACAGCAGAAUCAUUAGCAUCAUAAACCAGGUGAUUGGCUGGAUCUACUUCAUGGCCUGGUCCAUCUCCUUCUACCCACAGGUGAUCCAGAACUGGAGGCGGAAAAGUGUUGUUGGUCUCAGCUUUGACUUCUUAGCUCUGAACUUGACAGGCUUCGUGGCCUACAGUGUUUUCAACAUCGGCCUUUUAUGGGUGCCCUAUAUCCAGGAGCAGUUUCUCCUCAAGCACCCCAACGGCGUGAACCCUGUCAACAGUAAUGACGUCUUCUUCAGCUUACAUGCAGUCGCCCUCACCCUGAUUCUCAUCCUGCAGUGCUGCCUGUAUGAGCGAGGCAACCAGCACGUGUCAUGGCCCUCUGUUGGAUUCCUGGUCCUUGCAUGGCUCUUUGUCUUAGUCACCAUGAUCAUGGCUGCAGUCGGUGUCACCACAUGGCUGCAGUUCCUCUUCUGCUUCUCCUACAUCAAGCUCAUCAUCACGCUGAUCAAGUAUUUUCCACAGGCCUACAUGAACUUUUACUACAAAAGCACUGAGGGCUGGAGCAUUGGCGGUGUGCUUCUGGACUUCACAGGGGGCAGCUUUAGCCUCCUCCAGAUGUUCCUGCAGUCUUACAAUAAUGACCAGUGGAUGUUGAUCUUCGGAGACCCAACCAAGUUCGGACUUGGCGUCUUCACCGUCUUCUUUGAUGUUGUCUUCCUCACCCAGCACUUCUGUUUGUACAAAAAGAAACUGGGGGUUCAGGCAGCACACACAGGUCCCGACAGCCAUCCCAGCCAGAACUAGGCACCAAGUUUGCAGCAGAUGGCCCUGCCCCAAACCACCAGUGUUUCUGGGAGCAGCUUCAAGGGCUAACCUUGCAGCUGGGAGAGCCAAAGGUGCUUUGUUCUACCGCAGUGUUCACAGGGACCAGUACUGUGGCCAAUGGACUUGAAGGUGCUGAUGCUGGUGGUGGAAGGGUGAGGACUGGGGUUAGGCUUUGGGCUUUCUCUGGAGGCCACAUUUCUGAUACUCAUUCUAUAUAACUCUGCUCCAGUAACUGCAGAAUUUGUGGCCCAGGCCAAUGCCUGAUAAAGUGUAUUUCUGAUUCCUGAGGUGCUUGCCAGAUCGGUCUCAAAUGGACCCACACCUACUACCCUCUGGAUCUUUACACGCAAAGACGGAUAUCACAGUACCUCUUUUUUAUUUUUUUUAACCCCCAAGGGAUAUUUUGAAAUGGCUUGUUUUCUUUUACCCUCUUCCCUACCUCACUUAUGCCUAGAGAGCAGCACUCAGUACCAGCCUGUGCCUUAGAGGCCCAGCAGCAGUAAGAGUAGCUCCUCUAGAUGUAGGCAGGCCUCCUUCCCCAGCCCAAACCGAGACUCCAAUUUCUUAGCUGUUAAGGAGCCUCAGAAGAAUAGGAGCUCACCUCCUAUAUUGCUUUUGGUCCCACACCGAUCCCAAACCUCCUUCCUUCUCAUCCCAAGUUGUCCUUCCUGUCAGUUGGGAAGGAACCAGGGUGUGCCUUAAGUUUAUCAAUAUGUUCUUUUUGUUUUUUUUAUAAGACUAAUAUUGGGGGGGCCUUUGUGUUUCUUUCUUUUGCAUUUUCUUGUUUCAUUUUGGUGAAGUAUGUGUCCUUAAUUAAAAGGUGGCUUGUUUCCUA